UUUGUAAGUAAUGAACAGGAAUGUGAUCAUUUCUAAUCCUGUUAAGCCUCACACCAGCAGGAAAGUAAUUGCAUUAGAGUUUGAAUAGAUGUCAAAACUAACCGCAUUCUCAAGCGAGCGUCACGGGAGCGCGAGCCCCGCCUGCAGGGGGAUUAGCACGAGCUAAACCUCAGAUCCGCGCGCUCUGUCAGGUAACGCCGCAAACACCAUCCACGACUAACCUAACAGCACAAACAAGGAUAAAUAAAGAUAUUGGUUUGGUCUAAUUUGGUUUUCGCGAUACCAGCCGAGAGGUCGGUGUCUGGACUUUCAAGUUUCUACGCUGUGAACUGUCAAGUGGUCUAUCGUUUAGUAAAUUUCAUAGUAAAUCUGCGCGGUGGGUCGCAUCUUUUGGAGAGGACGAUGUUCAUCAUAUUUGAGAGUGACGGGAGCGCGCGAGUCAGCGUCGCUCGCGGGGAAUGACGCUUCAGACUUUGACCAAGUGUUAUCAAGUUAAUUAUUACCUGAUGGACUAAAUGAAGAAUGCCGCACGUUUGGGAGUUCAUUCUGAUUCUCAACGUUAAUGUCAUCAUUGUAGAAGCACAGCCAGUGUCAUCAAAGCUGCACGAUGGUUGGUGGGCAUACAAAGAUCUUGUCCAAGGGAGCUUUAUACCAGUGCCAUCUUUCUGGGGAUUAGUUAACACUGCCUGGAACCUGUGCGCAAUUGGGAAGAGACAGUCGCCUGUCAACAUUGAAACCAGUCGAAUGAUUUUUGACCCCUUCCUCAACCCACUACGACUCAAUGCAGGGCAACGUAAGGUCAGUGGAACGAUGUAUAACACGGGCCGACACGUGUCACUGCGCCCAGACAAGUCACACCUGGUGAACAUCUCUGGCGGGCCGCUGAGCUACAGCUACAGGUUGGAGGAGAUCCGGCUUCACUUUGGCAGCGAGGACAGGCAGGGCUCAGAGCACCUGCUCAACGGCCAGGCCUUCCCUGGAGAGGUGCAACUCAUCCAUUAUAAUCAGGAUUUGUAUUUAAAUUACAGUGAUGCCGCCAGGAGUCCUAAUGGAAUUGCAGUUGUUUCUAUCUUCAUGAAGAUUUCAGAGCCUACAAAUGUAUUUCUAAACCGUAUGCUGAGCAGAGAGACCAUUACAAGGAUUACAUAUAAACAUGAUGCAUACUUACUGAUGGGGCUCGAUAUUGAGGAGCUGUAUCCUGAAACCUCCCGUUUUAUCACAUAUGAAGGGUCGAUAACUAUUCCACCGUGCCUUGAGACAGCCACCUGGAUAUUAAUGAAUAGGCCGAUUUACAUCUCACAGAUAGAGAUGCAGUCUCUUCGUCUCCUCAGUCAAAACCAGCCGUCUCAGAUCUUCCUCAGUAUGGGUGACAACAUGCGGCCAACCCAGCCACUGCACCAACGCUGCAUCCACACCAACAUCAACUUCAGUCAGAGACGGGACUGUCCUAACAACCGUGUGCUGAGGCCGCAAUACAGAGUGAAUGAAUGGCUUCUGAAAUAAAGGCUUGCUGGGGUUUAGUUACUUCAGAAAUGUGACCAAUGCACAGAGAAAGAUGGGAUACAUUCUGCGGGAUGAAGCUUGUCAGUGAGACAGAGGACUCUUCAGUAAAAAUAUAAAUCAAAUUACUUUUAUACUUGU